AUGUUGUGGUGUUCGGUCGCGUUGUUGGCUCUGCUCGCCUCCGCUCAAGGACGAGCGGUAAAUAUCAGCAACACAUGGGUCCUGCCGGAGGAAGGGUUCCCUGUCUUCUACCGCUACUUCAGGGACCGCAUUUCCUGGUACGAGGCUGAUGCGGUCUGCCAGUUCCAUCAUGCCAACCUAGUCACAGUGGAUACGACGGCACAGUACGAUGCAGUGCGCGCCUACCUCAAAGAACUGGACAUUUCGAGCGCUGUGUGGGUUGGUUUGAUCCGAAGCAACCCUGAUGGAGACUUUACUUGGACUGAUUACCGAGGUUUGAGUGGUGAAGGGUACUGGAGUUCAGCACCCGAUGCUCGCGCAGCGCCUCUCUGCGCAGCCGCCGAUCCUGCUGCCGACUACCGCUGGGAGGCUCGCGCUUGCGGUGGACCAACAGUCGCUUCUUUCAUCUGUGAAUUGCCGGUACCGCAAUGGGCUCUUGGGAACGAAGGAUGUAUGGUGCGCGCUCUACCAGCGCUGACGAUCCUGUAUUUGCCUGAAAGUGCAGCUGUUCAGCUGACCGCUGACUGCGGCCUAGCUGGUGUGAAACGUGUACAAUGCACAGGCAAUGUGAAACGCGAAGAUUUACUUAGAGACUUGGCGUGCGCUGAAGAAGAAGAAAUAAGUAGCCCUGCUAGUUUAACAUCUGUAGGUAAUAAUUGGCCAGCUUCAACUGAUGCAAUAUUUACUGAUAAUGAUAUGACAACAACUGAAGUCACCACUGAAGACAAUAACAUUACAACUGAACAUGAAGACGACAUUAAUCAGUCUAGUACUAUCGUAUCUACCACCAUAGUUCAAGACGUGAAUUUCGUCACCGAUCAGAAACCAUCGGUCACGUUUGUUAACGCAAAUAAAUACAACAGAGUUAACUUUGAAAAGAACCUUGAUUUGGGUUUAAUUCAUAACAAUAACUUACAAAGUAAUUAUAUUCCGAAAAUUGCCAACGGAGACAACUAUGUGACAAAUGAAGAUUUGGAAAAAAUAGAAGAUGAGAAGCACAUGCAACAUAAAAUGUUACACGAGGAAAUAGCAAGGCUUGGUAAUCUUGAAAAUAUAUUUACACAACCUACAGAUCAUUUUGUUCCACCACUAGUUAUGGCCAAGGCUAAAAUCAGCGAUGAUAUGACUGUUCUAUCUCUACAAGAAAAACAUGCCCAACAGAUGGCUGAACAACACUAUUACAAACAAAACGGUCAAUAUGGACAAAGUGAUCACAUUUAUCAAAGCAAUGUUGUAAAAUCAACAACGGAACAACCAAAACCAGCUACAAUGGAUAAACAAUCUCAAACAGAGACACCUAAAAAUAAGGAUGACUUGAAAAAAGACAAAGUGAAAUCUGUUAUGCCGAAAAAGUAUAACGAAAAAUUGAAUGACCCUAAAAGUAAAGUUCAGAAAGUGGCUGAAUCAAAAUUAUUGGAAAAGGCCAAAACAUCUACUGCACAAAUGGAAACUACAGUAAAACCUAGCGAAACUACACCACUGCCACAUUUUAAUAAAAUGGAUGACGAAUCCGCUAUGGAUCUAACUGUUUUCUUAAAAGACGAACCAGAACCUCUUGAACCAAAAAUUUAUUACAAUAAUUUUACUGGUGAUGUGUCUAAAUUAGAAGUAAUCAAAAACAGUACAUAUAAUAAUGAUACCGAAAUUAAAUUAGUGGAUGUAGAAGCUACGGAAGAAAUAAAGCAUGAAGAACGUCCUAUUAAGAAAUUUGAAGAAUCAACACAAAAUAUAACAUUAAACCACGAAGUGAUUAAAAUUACUAUAAUUUCUGAAGGUCAUACUACUGAGAACCCUACUACGUUUGAAAUAACUACUAAAGUGCCUAUUAUUCAAGAAACUACUCGUAAUAAUUUGGAAUCAACCACUCAUAAAGAAUCACUCGAUGAUAUUAGAAACAAAAGUGAUGUGUUCCCAACUACGCAACUUGAAAUAGAAGCAACACAACAUGAAUUUGAAUCGGUUAUCAAUGUUUCAAGCGUUGCUGAUGUGGUGGUGACCACAAAUGAGACAAUUGUACUAAGUCACACCGAAUCAACUGAAAAUACACCCACUACAACCAACGAAGUGCCUAUUGCUACUACAGCACAAGCUAGUUCUAACUCUUCUCAACAUAGUAAGCCGCAAGAGCCUUCCACGUUUGCACCUGCAGUGACUGAGCAGAUAAUAAAAAACGAACCUUACAACGACGAUAUACAUGAAGAAUUCGGUGCAAUGACUAAUUCGUCAGAUGGAAUUGAUGAUUUCCAAUCGCCAUUACUUUCUGGUGCAAAUGAACCAGCACACAGACCGAAUAGGUCCCGGAGGCCACAGCAGCCGAAUCGAAAUAAAUUUAAUCCAUUUCGCAUAUUAGGUUAG